AGUCACAACAGUGUAAACAAACAAAAUGGAGUCCAACGCAAAUAAGUGUCCAAAUGAGGAAGUUUCAUACACUUUAAUUAACAACAUUCCGGCUGAUUAUCACUCAUGUGACUUGAGAAACUAUUUUUCGCAAUUCAUUGAAUCUAAAGGAUUUGUAUGCUUCCAUUUUAGACACAGACCUGAAAAGAAAUCACUCCCACAAAGUAAACAAGUUGAAGAAACGAAUGCUAAACGUUCAACAUGUUGUGUUGUAAAGUUAAAAAGUGAAAAACUUCCGGAAUUUUUAAAGCUGUAUAAUAGAAAACAUUGGGUUGACAAACGUGGGGAAGUGAUGUCACAAGUAUGUUAUAUAUCGAAAGUGAAAAAUUCCAUGGAAAAUGGCAGUGAUGCUGACAUAGUCUUGAAAACAAGAGGCGAAGCAAAACAGAUACCUCCAGAGCGAGAAAACUUUACUGAAUCAGAUCUCUUAAACCUGCCGGAGUUACAUCCCCCUGAUAUCAUGCCAAACGGAAAUGUAGGCACACCCACUAUGAUAUUUAUGGACUACAUAAAACAGUGCAGACUACCUCCAAGUAUUAUCAAAAAGCUUGGGCUAAGUUUUCCCAAGACAAGAAGUUCUAAACAGUAUGGGAGUGUUCCAUUUGAUUACGGUGGUGAUAUAGCUGAAUCUUGUGAUAAUAACAGUGAUGAGAGUUCUCAGGUUUUGACAGCAUCAGGACAUGAAAUUGUACCUGAGAAGGAAUCUUGUGAUAAGGAAGAUUGUAACAGUAGUAAAUGUACAGAUGAAAAUAUCACUGAAAUAAGUGAAAGUAGAAAUAUGUGUACUGAUGCUGAUCAGACAGACAGGAGUAGUAAGCCAGGAGGUGUCAGGAAAAAGAAGAGGUCUUGGAGAGAUGCUGCGGCUAAAGAGAGAAUGAAGUUGAAUAUUGAGGAGAAAAUGAUUGGUAAAUCUGAGGAAUCAGAGGAGGACAAUGACUCGUGUGAGGAAUGGGAGAGACAUGAGGCAUUGUAUGAUGAUCCAGCUAAUCAGGAGAGGAACAAAGAACGUCUGUAUGAGGAGGAGAUUGAACUGAAGUGGGAGAAAGGAGGCAGUGGUCUUGUGUUCUACACUGAUGCACAGUACUGGCAAGCACAAGAGGGUGACUUCGAUGAGCAGACUGCUGAUGACUGGGAUGUUGAUAUGAGUGCCUACUAUGAGGAAGGAGCCGGGGACCAAGAUGCACGAGAUUUCCUCAAAAUGAGGCAGGAAAAGCACAGACGAGAGGGGAUUGAAGCCACUGACAGGUUUACAGCUGGCAUAGCAGUGAAAAGGAAAAAGGAAAAAUCAAAGGGCUUCGAGGAAGAUGCUAAGAUAGGCAAGUUUGAGGCUCACACAAAAGGGUUUGGCCGUAAGAUUCUUGAGAAUCAGGGCUGGACAGAAGGUCAAGGCCUAGGAUCAACAAUAAGAGGGAUAGCAGAUGCUCUCGACAAUGAGGGACAAAAACCGAAGGAUAGGAGAGGCAUAGGGUGAGGGACAGUAGAAGCU